UCAAGCGCACCGAAACAAUUUAAUCGGCCUACCCUAUUCAGCCUUUCUUCAGCCUUUCCGACUUCUCGUUACGCUCCUUCAUAUUCUCACCUUGUCAGCAUCUCGGCGUCAAUUUUUGCUGGCCUUCUAGGGAUUUCUAAAGACUUCCCUAUAUUCGAAUCGUUCGAAUCGCGCCGCGCACCGUAAUCAUCCAGCGUUCUCGCCUACUUUUCUCGAUGGCGACCAUGUUAUUCAAUCCUCAAACGCCUCAGAGUCCUUCUCAAUUUUCCCCGACCACAGGUGACCAGGUAUCAAGCGUAAACAGCUCUAUGACCUCCAUCACCACAGCUCUGCCGACGCCGGCACAUAGUGUCAACGGGUCAGCCCAACCAACCGAUAUGUCUCACGAUACUGCGGUGACAGAUGUCUAUUCGACCAAGCGAAAAUAUCCAUUCGACGAUGCCGGAGAACAUGAGCACAAGAAAGUCAACCUCGAGAAUCGCCGAGUUGGUAUUGAGAACCUGCACUUGGAUGUCGGUGAAAAGUACCUUCUUUGCAGUACUCCCUACUCCACAUCCUACCCAUGUCUGUCGGACGAUUUCUUUGAAAUGUUCGGAUUAACCGGCAUCGCUGCCGAGGUCGCCCGCACAAAGCCCAACGGAGAGAAGAACGCGCUUCGCAAGACUUACAAAGGUCAAAUAAAGACUUUAGGACUAAGCGGCCAUUUUGAUGCGGUGAAGAAAGAGCUCGAAGCCCCCGACGGCUUAUUGGCAUUGGUUGGGCUUGACGAAGAUGCAUGGUUGAGUAGGGAAGUCGUCGGGAAGGAGAUUGAGAAAGGCUUGUCGCAAACACACCAGGCGCAUCUACCUCGAGCGGUAGCGAUGGCCAAAGGUUCCAUACCGAAGGCGGCCUGGGAUAGCUCUGUCCUCGGUGACUUAGCGCCCGGUACUUUACCAAAGAAAGCUGGUCACGAGUCGGCCGCGAGACAGACGGCACCUAGUACUCCGGCUGCGUCAGCCCCCGGUAUCACCCCGAAGUCGAACAAGCCGUUGACGCCGCAGAUUGAUCGUGCUCGUCGGAUUGGAAAAAAGCGAAGCUACCAAGACAGCAGCUUUGAAGGAUACGGUGAAGGCUACGGCGAUGACGAUACAGGCGGGUAUUCAACUGGCGACGCAGAUGAACGGUCGAAGCUCAAGAGGAGAAAGCAGGUACAUGCGGAUCGUCCGUCUUCCGCAAGUCUCUUUGCUGACCGAUGACAGAACCCUGGGGAAAUGUCAUCGUUCAGAAGCGCCAGUAGCCAAAACUACAGUGGCAGGAUUGGAACGUGACCUUGAGAUACCCGGUUAAGGACGAGAUAUGACAGUUUUG